GGUGGCUCUUUACACACCGGAGGUUCUAUGAGUUACGCAGCCCACAAACGAAAAAUGACAAAGUUAAAAGGUGCAAAAGUGUCUAAUUCUAAGGUAUUUGAGGAGACGCAUAAGAAAAGAAAUAAGGAUGGUACAAGGGGAGAAUGGAUAGAGCCACGUGCAGAGGAGACAUUUGUUGGAUUUCAGAGAGGCUUGGAUGAAUGGCGUCAGGCACAUCCUACUUCAGAUGCGGAUUCCACAUCAUCUAGUGAUAUUACAUCAAUAUGGACAAAUGUGGCAGGAGGUGUUAAGAAAGGUAGAGUUUACGGGCUUGGAGCACAACCUUCCUCGUUUCAUCCAUCAUCAUUGUUGUCUGGUGCUUCUACUUCUCAAUCUUCGAAAGAAAUGGAAGCAAUGCGAAGACAAAUUUCAGAGCUUACUGAACGACUUCAAUCAUUUGAAUCUAACUUUGCUAAAGUGCAGAAAUUCAUGGAGAAACAUAUGGCUGAAUCUGAUGAAAGUGAAGGGACCGACUCUGAUGAAGAGUAGAUUGUUUUAUAGUUGUUUAGACAUUUUCUAUGAG